AUGGUGGUUGAGAAUAACAUUGCAGAGUUGGCGAAUUUAACGCUAGAUCAUCGAAUGGAUCCUAAAAACGAAGCCCAGUUUAUAGACAUCACAGAUCAUUUAAAGGCCCUAGCAGCGAAGUUGGCACCAGAGACAGUGGUCAAAGAAGCUACGUUCAAUCUGUUCGAAGGGACUUAUGCAUUGGAAGUAUGCAACGUGAAAUUAGAUACAAGCCUUAUUGAGUUAUGCCCUGAAGAGUUGGAAUUCGACUGCAAUGUACCAUACGGGGACUCAAAUAAUGGAGAAAGGCUUGAUUAUGUCACUGCGGUUUGUGAUCGAUUAUGUCGCUCUUUGAUGAAUUGGCUUCAUGAUUACCAAACUCUACCCACUACGGUGCUAAGUUGUCGAUACGUCGAAUUUCUUAUGGAAUUAUACACUUCGAACCCGGUUUCAUCGUUACAAUCGUUCCAAGGAUUACGCACGCGCGACCCCUUGUAUGAUCAAGUCUUGUGCAGCUUUGUGAUAGGUGUUUGUUCAUUCAUAAAGUUCACUUCCAAAGUUUUGAAAGAUGGUGGUGUUUACGAGGAGGAAGACUUGAACUGUAACGUUAUGAGUUUGGAUAUGCUCUCUGGCGUGGACACAAAAGAAGUAAUAGAUUUAUUGAACUCUUCGUUGCAACUGUUAGUUCAGUCAUACUCAGAAUCUACGCAUCUACAAAAACUUGUUGAUUUAGUCAAACAUUUGUUGCACUUACCCAAUUAUCAUUAUCCCUCAUGUCAGUCUUCGGUUUCUUCAGACUUACUACCUUUGCAAAAAUCACUAGAUAUUAUUUCUUCAUUGGUACAAGACGAUUAUACUACUAAGCAGCAUUCAUACCCUCCUGGUUGUUUUUCCAAGGGCAUUCAAAAGAGGCGUGAUAAUAACUUCCCACCAAAGGAUCUCUUUGAACCUAAGGGAGACGAAUAUGUCUCUUAUACUGAAUUCAUGAGAGAUAUCAUAGCGGCAUUAUCGGUAAAAGAUUGCAAUACAGCGUUCGAAAUCAGACAAUAUGUUUGGUUUUUCAACCGAAUUAGACAAAGGACAGUCAUGGCUCGUGCGUUACUGCAAUCAUAUUUAAUUAGAGAAGACACCAUCUUAGACAAGUUUCGGUUUAACACGUUCAAGGAUAUGCACCUUUACGAGUUCUCAUUAGCAGGAACAGCAUUGUACGAUGUAAUAUCCAGCCGCGAGCAAACAACAGAUCGCGAUAAUAUGAUAGAAGCCUUGAAUGAACUCUCAUAUUGCCUCCUUCGUUGGUAUCAAAAUAUGCCACAAAAUUCAUGUAGGCAUCGGCAAGGAUUUAAUAGACUAUUACUCGACUGGGACUCCGUUCAAGCGCAAUUUGAGCAAUAUGAAACCCAAUGGCAAUCAAUGGGAAUUGUAGAUAGCAUUACAAACAUGGGGAAUAUCCCAUUGAUGCCAGUUUCAACAUGGAUUUACACUACAAAGUUGCUUAUGAUGAUAGAAUUCACUUUAGAAGGAUUUCAUUUGGAAGUUUACAAGCCUUGGGAAUCCUUUACUCAGUACUGGUUCUGUUAUUACUUGUCGAGUCACUUGGAAUCAAACUUGAAAAGAUUGCACGAGUUUCUGUUGCAGAAGAUCAGUUACAUUUUGAAUUACAAUAAGAGAAUAAAGAAACUCAAGGCCGGCGAAAAGAAAGAGAAUGCUAAAGCGCGCUAUAGACAUUUAACAGAUAAUGUUUUACCUCAACUAAGACUAAACGAGAGAACUGUCAAUUUCUUUUUCAUGAAAUGCACAAUAUUUAAGUCUCUCUCCCUGGCUCAAGUAUUCCAAUUUGCACUACUUAAAUCUUUCAACGUAAUAGAUUCUAAGAAUGAUGUGUCUACCCGAUUCAGUUCCGAUAGACUCAUACAUAAACUUAGAUUUAAGACCUUUUCCUCAAUUGGAAUACCCGAGAUCCCCACAUUUGAACAAUUCCAAAAGUCAUUAAACGAUUUUGUCAUUGAACCACCAUCAAUUCAUUCCAAGAUACCCAAACUUCUGAACUUUAUGAAUACUGAAUUAGAAUCUGCCAAGAGUGCACUAUCUACUAUCAUACAAACCAUAGAGACUGGAGAAACAGAUGAUUCUCCAGUUUCUACCGGCACAAAACACGUGAAAGAACCGGCGUUACAAUGGUAUAAAUCAAUGCUUAACUCAACUGUUGCAUUGAGUGUCAAUGCAUCCGUGUUAAAGACGAAAUUGUCGGAAGAUUUGAAGUCACAUGACUUGCAUGCCACUUACGACGUUGAACUCAAAUUCACACCUAACGGUUGCUACUAUUUCCCAUUGUUGACAAUUUCACCUAAGAAAGCAAGAAAUGCUUUACCACACACCACAUAA